UGUAUUUAUAUUCAUUGUUUCUAGUGUAGGAACCUUAUUUUAGUACCAUAGGACAACUGAUAUUUGUAAAGAAUAAUAAGAACAUAAACUAAAAAUUUCAAUACCGAAAUAUAAAAAAUAAAGACGAAUUGCAGAGUCGAGAUAGUUAAUCUCUUUCCUUAAAUCUUUAAACGCCUUGUAGUGUGACGGUUUUAUGGUGCUCAGAUUCCCAAGAUACAACUGCAGCAUUAUUUCUGUUUACCAUCACCGAAAAACAGAAUCUACCGAACCUUUUUUUUUUGUGAUGUACUCUCAGACUCAAAAAAAAAUAUACUAGCAUAAUUAUUCUGAGUAGAGGAAUGUGUUGGUGUGUGUGUUUUCUAAAUGGCUCACAAGCCUUUAUAUAAAAAAAUAAUGAGAAGCACAAGUUUCAUUUUUCAACCCAAAAAUGAAACCUCCAUAGUGCACUAAUGGAGUUUUUAAUUCUUGUCAUUAUUAUGUGAAUUUAUUCCACAUUUUGACCAAGAAAUUAAAGAAUAAAAUUAUUAUUGUUUUGACCAAUUCAAACAAAAUAAUAUACUUUAAAAUGGAUUUCUUUUUUAUAUUUUAUCAAUAUAAAAGAUCAACAUAUAUUUGAUUUAAGUUAAUGAACAUGAAGUCCAACUAACAAAUUAAAACCCAAAUCCAAGUUCAAAUAUCCAAUGAGUGUAUUUGCUACUUUAUAUAAGUUUCUCAAAUCACACACAUUAGACCUCCAUUUCUCAUUCAAAUAAAACUUCAUUUUUGACGUAUGAAUACACUAUUCAUAAUGUUCAAAAAAUAGUUCCAACAGAAGAAGGCUCUUGGCACAGGAGUUUCAGGAAGGAGCAGACAAGGUCUCAACAUCAAGAGGAACGUGCUCGGAUCCCCGUAGCCCCAAGAAGUGAAAGAGUUUCCUGCAGUGAAACUAGGAUGGAAGUGGCAGAUGAAGGUGAGAUUCAGGUGCCGGUGAACCAACAAGUGGAGGACGAAAGAACACAGGACCAGAAACUCCCAUCCCCGACUUUUCUUGUUGAGUUAAAGGAUGAAGGUGAGAUUCAGGUUUUGGCACUCUCAAGAGUUACAUUGAACCCAUACACUUUUCCAACGCAGUCACUUUAUGCGAACAUGGAUUACCUAUUUUUGGAGGCUUUGUCCAUAAUUGGAAGAUCACCAGUUUGCUUGGAUUUUAUGGUAUAUAUGGAAAGGGCAAAACAACAAAGUCUUCAGUAACUUGGAUAUUGAUCCCAUAGAUACUCUUAAACUGGCGGAAACGGAGUCCUUACUUUGGGCCGAGGCGCAUAACUCACUUACACGAGAAAUCGACCAAACUCGUUCACCAGUAGAGGCGAUUAUAUCGGUUAUUCCAGGUCGAUGGUGUUUUACGGAUGGGUCAUGGAAAAAAUCAGGACACAUUUUCGGGACAAGGGUGGUACAACACACUGGAAGGUUUUGUUGGUUUAAUGGGAGCGAGAAAUACAAGAGCAAGUCAGUCGCCACUUCAUUCGGAGAUGGAGGCUCUUAUAUGGGCAAUGGAGUGUAUGAGGAAUCUACGACAAUUUAAUGUUACUUUGCAACGGAUUGUUCUCAGUUGGUGAAGAUAGUUUCAGAACCAGAAGAAUGGCCCGCAUUUACAUGUUAUCUAGAAGAUAUCAAGAUCCUGAAAAGAAUUUUUCACAGCUCAGAGCUCAUCCAUAUACCAAGGACGCAUAAUUCAAGGGCGGACAGUUUAGCAUGCAGUGCAAGAAAGCAACCCGCAUUUGUUCACCAUAUGGAUGCGGAGUUACCGGUUUGGUUUACAGAGUCUAUAUGAGUUUGUUUGUUGCUGACAAAAAAAAAUGUAACCAACACAUAAACUGUUUCAUGUAACAGUUUAUGUGUUGGUUACACUUCCUCCGUUUUCCUUUACUUGAUGAAAGUUAUUCCAAUGUCUAGUCUAUCCUUCUUUAAUUGUGGUAAUAUGUAAUUUACUUUCAAUCGUAAAUCAUUAAUUAGUCAAAUGCAAGGUUAAAUGAAGUCCAAAGUCAUUAUAUUAUGCAUAGGAUUUUGGAAAGCGUCAUAUAUUUUGACACAAAAUAAAAGUUCUAAAACGUCAUAUAUAACAAAACAGAGGGAGUAUAUAUUAAGAAAUGAAACAGAACUCAAAAUAAAUUGAAGAAAAAACAUUGACUAUUUGUUUUGGAGGAAAAAUGACAUAGAAGACGUGAGUUGGAUAAAGAUCCAUAUCCCUGGAUUAUAUGGUAUAUUUGGAAAGCAAAGAAUGAUAAAUUUUUCAGAAAAAUAGAUAGAGACCCCUUGGAAACUGUCUGACAUGCUGAAUUCGAAGCAAACAACAAGUAAGGGGAACAAACAGUUAGAAUAACCCCCAUAGCACAUAACAAAUUCAGAAAGAUGUCUAAUAGAUGGUUUAUGGACACAUGACGCAUUCUUUAGUGGUUAUGGAUGGACAUGGAAAACCUCAGGAGGAACAACUCAGCUAUUGGGAGCAAGAAACCAACGCCAAAGAAUCUCACCACUUUAUUCGGAGCUUGAGGCUCUUUUAUGGGGGAUGGAGUGCAUGCUUCAAUUAUCGACGUGUCAGUCUUUUGGCACCGAUUUUAAGGAUCUCGUCUCAAUGAUUCGAUUGUUUUUAUUCCUCGAACUGAAAAUAUAUCAUAUGAUUCAUUAGCUAAGAUAGUGAGAUCCUUUCAUAGGAAUAUAUAUUACAUUGGUUGUUCUAUUCCGGUUUGUUCCUCAGAACACUUCAAGUUUGAGUAAUAGAUCAGCCGUUCGAUAUAAAAAAAAAAUAAUAAAUUGAAGAAAAAACUUAUGGUUUUGGAAAAUAUUCUUUCAUGAAAAAAGAACAAAAGCAGAAUAAAAAACAAAAACGAAAGAUUGAAUCUCUAUAGCAGCUUCAAGACAAAAACAAGAAAUUGAUGAUGUAGCUUAUUCUUAACGAGUAAUGGUGUAGUUAUGUUGUGAAAGUAGUGGUUAUACCUAAAUCACUAAUCUAACUUUAAAACCCUUUGACGUUUGUUAAGAAAAAACAGGUAGAAACUCCUCUUGUAUCUCUUCUCCUCCAUCAUGCUAACUAGAAUCAUUUUCCUCAUCGCCGUCUCUACUUCUGUUAUCGUCGUCCUUCUACUUGCUUUAUUCUCGCCCGUUCCUGAUUAUGACCCACCAGAAUCACUAUUCUCCUUCUCUCUCUAUGUUCAGCAAACUCAAAUCCCGUCCUCCUCCUAUAUCUCUCGCAGGUCAAGUCAGCGCAUGGCCGAGACCCACCGCAGAGGAGGCGGAGGAGGAGGAGCAUUGAUUUUCCGGCGUACUCUCACUGAGGGACCCGAUAACAAUUCUCGGAUAGUGGGGAAAGCUGAGGGAUUUAUAAUCCCGCAUGAAGACUUUGCUAAUUCGAAUUUUAACGUUAUAUAUUUGACGUUGGAGAGUCCUGAGUACACGGGGAGUGUUAGUAUUAGAAGCAGAGACAUGGCACAUAAAUUGGAAGAGGUUAUGGAGGUUGUAGGAGGGACAGGAGCUUUUGCCUUUGCUCGUGGAAUUGCCAUGUUCGCUGAAGUUGGUGCUGAGGAAGAAGCUGUAACCACUUACCGUGUUAAACUUCUGCUUAGAUUUCCACAUACUUCUAAAAUCGAUCCACAAUGAUGGACACUUUUUGUUUUUACAUAUUAAUAAAUUUAUAUACGCAUUAAAUACUUAUUCUGUAAGAACAUUAGCAUUGGUGAACCCCCUUUGUUAUUUUUUCGUGGGCCCAUGAACAGUUAUGAACUCGGAUAUGCUGUUUUCUGUAUUAGUGAACCCGAAGAAGUAGUUCAUAGGAAUAAAAUAAUAAUAUUAAUUUAAAAAAAAAAGAAAUUUAAAAUAUUCAAAAAAGAUGAAUAAAAUAUUAAAACAUAUUAUUAAAAUUAUGAAAAAAUUUUAUUCAAUACAUUAAAAAUACAUUACAUAAAUUGAGAAAUUUUUCUAACAUACAUAACUUAUUUAUUCAUCUUCAUCACCAAACAUUUGCAAAAUAUUUUCCACUAAAUCAGCUUUCAAACGAUGAUGCUUGUUGCCAUCUCGAACUUCUCUCCGCAUGGCUAACAUAUCAGGGGUGACAUUUACACUAUCUCUGCUUCUCGCCUGCGAACUUCUGCUAGACUGUCCUGUCUCAAACUCAGAUGUAUCAAUUGGAGCGUAUCCGUCUCGUUCGUCCUCUACUAUCAUAUUGUGCAAUAUGACACAAGCUAUCAUUACUUUUCCUAUCCUUUCCUUGUCCCAUUGUAGAGCUGGGUUCCUAACAUUUGCAAACCUCGAUUGCAAUACUCCAAAAGCCCGUUCGACAUCUUUUCUGGCGGAUUCUUGCAUUUCUGCAAAUUUCUGUGCUUUACGACCUUGAGGAAGUGGGAUGGAUUGGAUAAAUGUUGCCCAUGGAGGAUAAAUGCCGUCGGUAAGAUAGUAGGCCAUACGAUAAGUGUGGUUGUUGACCUUGAACUUCACUUUAGGGGCUCGACCAUGUAAGAUGUCGUCAAAAACUGGAGACCGAUCAAGAACAUUGAUAUCGUUUAGGAUACCUGGUAAGCCGAAAAAAAGUGUGCCAAAUCCAAAGAUCUUGUGAUGCCACGGCUUCUAAGACAAUUGUCGGCUUUCCCGAACCACGUGUGAACUGACCUUUCCAAGCUGUUGGGCAGUUUUUCCACUCCCAGUGCAUACAGUCGAUGCUGCCUAUCAUCCCCGGAAAUCCCCGUACCUCUCCAAUAUCGAGUAAUCGCUGAAGAUCCUCGGCUGUAGGUGUUCGUAGAUACUCAUCCCCAAACAAUUGUAUUAUUGCAUCAGUGAAUUUUGCCAAACAUAAACGUGAUGUACUGUCAGCCAUCCGGAGAUAUUCGUCAUAUGUAUCUCCUGACUGACCAUAUGCGAGCAUACGUAUCGCUGCCGUACACUUUUGAAGUUGAGAUAGCCCGUUCCUUCCGGUAGCAUCUCUUCUUUGCUGAAAGUACGGAACUUCAGUACUUAGACGGUCGACAAUGCGAAGGAACAAUGGCUUGUUCAUUUGAAACCGCCGCCUAAACAUAUCUUGUGUGUACGUUGGAUUAUUACUGAAAUAGUCGUUGCAUAGUCGAAUGUGUCCUAGUUCUCGAUCUCUUUCAAUAUAAGCUCGCCUCUUUGGUUUGUUGGUUUGACCAUCAAUUACUGUAUCGAUGAAAUUAUCAACUACUUCAUCGACCAAUUCAUCAAAAACUUCAUCCGCUUCAUCACUUGAUGAGGAAGACAUUGUUGAUGAUAUUUAUUGUAAUAUUUUUCCUACAAAAGGCAAUAGGGAGGAAUUUUUUAAUAAACUUUUUUUUUUGGGUUUUAACCUUAGUUUUUUUUAAUAUUAUUUUGGUUUUAACCUUAGUAAAGUUUUUCAUUAAAAUUAUAAAUCAGUAUAUUUCUCUAUUUCUCUUCAAUUUUAUUUUGGUUUUAACCUUAGUUUUUUUUUAAUAUUAUUUUGGUCUUAACCUUAGUAAAUAUUUUCAUGAAAAUUAUAAAUCUGUUUAUUUCUCUUGAAUCUUUUUUUUUUGGGGUUUUAACUUUAGUAAAUUAUAAACUUUUUUUUGGUUUUAAAUCUGAUAAUAUAGAAUUUAGAAUUUCAUUAUUUAAGGAUAUGUUCAUUACUUAGAAUUUUUGGUUUUCAACUUACCUCUGUUGAAUGGUAGAGAUGAUCCGUGGGUUGAGGAGUAGUAGAGUUGAUUCCUUGUGUUGAUUGGUGAUUCUUGUUUGAUUGUUGUUGUGAUUCUCGUGGUGUUGGUUGGUGAUUCUCGUAGUGGUGUUGGUUGGUGAGAUUCCGAGAUGGUGAGAUAGUUUUGAUAAAAGUAUGGCUGAUGGUAAGAAGAAUCAAACUGAUGUAUCACAUAGUUGGUAAGAUAGUUUUGAUAAAAUGCAUGAAUGAGAUAAAUAGAAUGAAACACAUAGUCAUUUAUAUAGAAAAACAUUGAAACAAGUAGCAUGUGGGUACAUACACCCGUGAGUACAAAAGCAAAGCCGUGGGGACAUACCCUUGAUUUGAUACAUAAAACGAGUGUAGAAAGUUGAAAAACACUACACUCUCCCGUGAUUCCAUCUUACAUAACCUACCACUACAACCACCUACUACUACAUUACCACCCGUGACUUGAUUUGAUACAUAAAGAAACAGAGACCUGCAACCAUCCACGCAUCCUCCUCCUUGAACCCGUGACCUACAAAGCACAACAGUUACAAUAUCAAUAUACAUCAAGGAAAAGAUUUAAACACAAACAUCAUACACUGCAUUUCCUAGCAACCUACUAUAAAUUUCAAAAAAUAAAUAACCACUCACCAACUUAAAGCAAUUCA